UGUGAUUUAAUUUUAAAAUGUUUAAGAAAUUGAAACGCGGUGAUACCGAGGAGGAUGUGAUGCGUAUGGCGGAUGAGUUCAAUGCAGAGCGUUCGAAAAAUCCAGAUUUUCAGCCAGCGGCGACCGCUGUACGCGUGGAAAAAAUGCCAAAAAAAUCUUUGUUUGCGCAAAAACGUGCUCAGGCAAAACAGCUUUCUGAGCCAAUGGAAGUAGAAGAAACUAAAAAUGCAGAACCGCCACCGCCCUCCAUAACUGUUCCCGAAGUCGUGGCUGGCGGAGCAACAAGUGGAAGUGAGUGCAGAGAUUCGAUGAGCAAACAAACGAAAUUGCUACUCGAUGAUAUUCACGAAAACAUAUUGGGAGAUUUGUCCGGCAGCAAAGUCAAUCGUAAUAUUAUAAACAAUAUGGUCGGUGAUAUUGUGGAACGACGAAAUGGCGCGCCGCGAGCAGCUCCAGAAAUCGUGGAGGCAUCUAGUAACAAGCCCAGAAGUCUAUUUGCGCAAAAAUUCCUGGCAGACCAACAAAAACUGCAGAAAACAGCGCAGUCUGUGAGAGUUGAAGCAAUGCAGCAUGAACCUGGACGCAGCGUCAUUAUCAGAGAUAAUAAGUUGGCUGAGGAAUUGCACGCUGAAAAUCUUAAAAAGCUUAAUCAAAUGCGCAUGGAGGAUAUUUUGGCUGAGCGUAAAGAGUUGCUAAACUCAUUGGAUCCCACAUUGGUACAAAUGCUUACAAAUAAACGCAAGGCCCAGCAAGCCACUUCGAAGCAGUUACAGCCUGAGCCACAGUCCAUGGAUAUGACGCCGGUUUCUGUGACCGAAUUAUUGCCCGAAUCAAAUCCAGCACACGAGAUUCUGCAGCAAAGCAGCGAAAACAAUUGGCUCCACUUUAAUCGUAUUGAGGAUCACAAACUAUCCUGGAUGCGUGAUAUACCUGCAAGAUUGGCACAACUAAAGCCUGGACAACAGUUCGAUGCACGCUUUGACUGGAAGGGCGUGUUGCUGCCACACACGCUGCAAGAUUUAUCUGAUAAAGUGGAUGACCGUGAAUUGUAUUUGCAUGGUGAGGAACCUGAGCGUCCCGGCUAUACGUUACAAGAACUUUUUCGACUGGCGCGCUCAACUGUGCUCCAACAGCGCAUUUCCGCAUUUGGUUCGAUUGCUGGCAUAUUAAGCAUUUACAAUCAGGGCUUUUACGACCAGGUGCUUGAGUUACCCAUAUCGAAAAUAUUCUUUCUACUGCGUUUCGGCCUCGAUGACAAUACUCAUGCACAGCUGGAGGUGGUUAGCAAAGCCCUUGCCCGUCUUUGCUAUAAUGAAACUGACGAAGUUCUGCUGGAUCACAUCUAUGAGAAUGCGUAUUGCCACUGGCAGCCCACGCUUCAGGUUAUUGCCAAUGCUGGCGAUGAAACAGAUCCUACAUCGAUAGCAUUUCUACAACGUACGAUGAAACUGCUGCGCACUAAUCCCACAGCAGUGCGUGCUGAUGUCGAUGAAGAUGAGGCCGAAAGUCGUAUGAGCAUGGACGAUUUUCAAUUGGCUGAGACUGAUUUGAUGGAAUGUUUGCUGCGUACCAACAUACUGCAACGUAUUACCUUCAUUUUGGGAUCGUCGUGUCCGAAGAACAACGCUCCGGAAUCCUGUCUAAAAAUACUUAUACGUUUGGCACGAACCCACGAAAAGCUGGCCAGACAAAUGGCAAAUGAAGCUCAACUUUUGGAAGUGCUAAUCACACAUUUUAUGCCACCAAUCUCUGACACCCCUGCCAAGACCACACAGCACACUUUUUAUGGCCAACCCCAGUAUCUUUGUCUGAAACUCUGGCGUGUGCUCAUCUCCCAGCAUUCGGAUAUUGCCAAGCAGUUGGCAAAAGGCCCACUUAUUGAAAGACUCCAAAACUAUUUAUUCUAUCGGGAGGACAUUAAGGGAAAAUUGAUACGCGUUCAGCUGGAAGCCUUGCGGAUUUUGCGUUGCUUGCUUUUGCAGGGUAUUGUGGAUCGUGAUUCGUACAAAAAAUUCCUUCCCGCACUUCGUCAGUUGCUUGACUGGCAUUACAAUCAUUGCGUUUUCGAAGUGGGCGGUGCGGCUUUGAUACGUCAACACGCGUCUGCUGUAUUGACGGCUAUUGUGGCCAGCGGGGAGAUCGGAGCUUGCGAUGUCGAAGCGCAAAAACUGAUGCUGGAACCCUUGCAUAAUUGCUGCUGCAGUUGGAUACACAAAGCCACGCGUUCUGGUGGCUUUAAAGAUUACUCGCAGUUGACAUUGAUAAGCUCUACUUUAUAUGCCGUAUCCUGGUUUUCUCGACAUAGCUUUAAUUUGCAAGUUUUUCAAAAAUUUCAACGCAACUUUUUGCCCAAUUUUGUGCGCUCGCCGGGCUUUAUUGCGUGCUUUCAACACUUGAUUAAGACCCCGGGCACCAUAAUUUUGAGCCGCUUUAGCGAUCGUCGUAAUUCGCAUGCCCCGCUCCCCAAUGUGGGCGCCGUUUUGAUGAACGACUAUGGACCCCAACUGGUCAUAAGUGACACAUAUCCGGUGCAGUUGUUGAGUAACGUCUGGACGCUGCUCGAAUUGCAGCUUAACGAGGGAGAAAAAACGCUUUUCGAUGCACUUAUGCAACCAGCUGUUCUCGAGCCUGUGAGUCAGUAUCUCGGCCAGCUCAGCAAGCAGCUCAAUCGUCUGUUGGCCACCAAUUUCUUUGCGCGUAGCGAAUUGAAGCUCAUCCAUCAGUUCUUGUGCACGGAUGGCAUUGAAACCUACUUGGAGCGCACCCAUUUAUUGCAGCUGGUCUACAACUAUCUGUGCUGCUUAUCCACAUCACACGCCACUCAAAUCAAAAGUAUCUUCGAACGCUUCAUCUUCAAUUCGGUGUAUGUGCAUCUGGAUGAUAAGUCGCUGGAAUUGUUGCGCCAAACCUGCAUGGAAAUGAUUUAUCCCCAUAUAAUUGAAGCCAAUAAAGAACCUACGCUAACGCUUUGCUAUACACAGGCGCCCAUAUUGCCGCCAGAUUGGCCGUACUUUCAAUUGCGUCUCAUACUCAGCAACUAUGUCCAAAAUGUGCAGCAGCAGCCAGCAGUUGUGUUUUCAGAACAUCAAGUGGUUCGCAUGACGUUGACAUUCGUACAGCAACUGGAGAGUCAGGGUCUUCAAAUAGUCACCCCACUCGAAAAAUUAAUGUAUCUUAUGAUAUCGUUUAUGGGUCCUGACUCACAGUUUCUGGAUCCAGAGCUCCAUCAGCUUUUGCAUGCUCAUCUAAAAGAUUUCUAUGCAAAAAAUGCUCAGCACAUUUUCGACUUUGACGCUACAUUUCCGGAUAAAGGCAACUUCGAACCGCUCUAUUAUCUAUUUGUGACUCAUUUUCAAGCGGCUAGCUAUGGUGAUGAGCUAUUUAGUUCGUUGGUAUUACUGCCAUUGGCCCAAAAGUAUGACAACAAAUGGCGCCGACGACUCUGGUCGGAGCAUGUGCAGGUUAUGCGUUUUCUCAAUUGCGAUGAGAAUUUGUUAAUAGGUGGGCUGGCUGCCUAUUUGGAGCCGCUGGAGGAGGAGCCGUCGUUGGUGAAGCUCUAUGGCGAUGCUCUGGAACGACAGCUUGUACGUCCUGGCAGCAUUGCCUAUAAGAUCGCUCAACACCAUUUCAAUAACUCGGAAGUUCUGAAGAAAACCAAAACUUUUUAAACUACGAAUAUAGUUUUUCUUAACGUCUCCUUGGGCUAACUUUAUUGCCGUGAUAUAGUUUUUAAUACGAAAUUAAAUGAUAAUUUAAGCAGUAA